AUGACCGAGUACAUUCCCAGCUCCUCAGCUGUUGCAUGCUUGAUCGUGACGACAUCGGGACGCAUUCUCCUCUUGUGGGACCAGGAUGACACACUGCCGUUCCAGUAUCCGCAGCUCGCCAUGCUGCUCGCCAGCCUCUUCCACUUCGCACACGCCCAGUGCUUCGCUCAUCUAGAGCUGCAAAAUGGCUUCACAGUGCUGAUCUCUUCAGAUGUCGAUGCACAAGUCUCAGUCGCGGUUAUUUGUGCUACACCACCAAGGGCAAGCAAGGACAACGACGACUUCUGCUGUACACAGGUCUCUCCACUGCAGCUCGGCCGACUGAAAAGCUUGCUCAUUCUACAAGAGUUCGUGCGGUGCUAUCGAGGCGACAUCGAGCGUCUUGCAGUUGAAAGUAUCGAACAGGCCAAGCUCAAGGCAGAAGAGUACACGUUGACGAGCGCUCUUGGCGGGUUCCAGGACGGGUUUGAAGGCACAUUGGACGAGUUUAUCAAUUUCCAGAGUGGCUUCGUCAGUCUCGUCAUGGAGACUACAGCUCGAGGCAUUCAAAACUCGACCAUGUCAUGGAGCCACAACGGUGCAGCUAUUAUGGCCCAGAGCUCGCUAGCUAUUCGACUGGAAUGUGGAUUCGUGCUGAAUGCCGAGACUGGAGACAAAGUAUACUCGACACUUCCUCGGCCAAAUGGACGCUUCUUUGACCAAGAUCUAGCGUCUCCACAUCACCUUCACAAUAGCGCUAGGGUCCAACAGAUUAUGAAGCAUAUUCAGGCACCUGUCGGGUCAAGAUCAAAGUGA